AAGGCUAAAUUUGAAAUUCUAAAUUUUAGUUCUCGAAUGGUUUUUUUACCGUGUUAAAAUUGACGUCAGUUAAGCUAGUUCCAAUGUGAAGUGAAUACUGUAACAUUUCGGUCUUGCUAUUUAUUUCACUAAUGUCCUUUUCGGAGUAAAAUAUUAAGUUUGGUUGAUGUGAUUUUACGAGUUCCACCUUUGUUUAUUAUCGAUUGAGUUAUUCCGCAUUGGACUUGGUCUAUCCCAAGUGGAAGAUCAAAAUUCGAAAGAAAGUGGGUUUAUUGCCGGAACAGAUGAAGCUAGGACACAUUACAAUGAAUCAAUCCCCCCAGAUUCAUAUGAUCGUGAUGUUCUACCUUACAAAUUUUUUGUUUAUUACCUUCGUGAAAGUUAUAUCAUCACUGUUAGGAUGUAUUGCCGCAUCAUGUGUGUUCAUGUUGUGGAUAAAACAUCUGGUCAUCGUGUACAUGUACCUGAUCUCCGUCGGUAGUUUUAUCUCCUACUGGAUCAACGUCAGCACCAUGAAGAUAAUCAUAUCUAACACACAAAGCAGUGUUUUAGAAGAUAUUUUAUCGUUAAAUCUAAACGCAAUAUCGGAUGCCAAUGGCAGCUUUAUGGCACUUCUUCAGAAUUAUCUUAUACAAAUAGUUUUGGCAUAUGUUUUCUCGUGCGUUCAUCUCGGGCCUCGAUACUCUAUUUUGAAACGACUACUGCCCCUUAGCUUUCUCGCUCCUUCAGCACUUGCAAUGUUGCCUUUACCAUCAGCUGUUUUGUACCAUGCUCCUGUUUUCUCAGCUUUGUUGCCUUUGGCUACGGUUAAGUUUGUUCUAUGGUGCAGUGCUUAUCCCAUUUUCCAAACUUUGUAUGGGGCCUACCAACACGCAAAAAGUUUCAUAAGCAACUUUGGUCUGUCCGCGCUGGUUGAGACAGAGUGGUUGAGGCUGAAUGUGCCCUGUGUGCUACGUACUUUCUGGCUUCUGAGGGUGGGAGAGCAGGCGGGAGGUAUGCUGUUUGCUACGUGGCGACAGACCAACCCUCCCUGGCCGUUCUUACUCUCAACCGUCAAGUCUCUGCUGAUCUCCGGGUGUGAGACGCUCACUGCUGUACUCGGCAUGACCUCGGUCAUUUCGUACGUGUGUCACUACAUCGGCUGCUUCUUCCAGUGGGUACUGCUGACAGAAGAUGACGAUGAUAAGAGUAUUGGUACUGUGUCGGCCAUCUUGUUUUACAUCCUCGCUCUACAGACAGGUCUCACAGGCCUCGAACCAGAAAAAAGGUUUGUGAGGCUAUGUCGCAACUUCUGUUUACUUUUCACGGCUUUGCUGCACUUCAUUCACAACAUUGUCAACCCCUUACUGAUGUCUUUGAGUGCUUCUCACAAUCCCUGCGUUCAUAGGCACAUGCGAGCGCUGUUGGUUUGUCUGUUUCUAAUACUCUACCCAGUAUCUCUGCUGAUCUACCUAUGGUCCAACCACGUACUCAGCACCUGGCUUUUGGCAGUUUCGGCCUUCAGCGUGGAAGUCAUCGUUAAAGUUAUCGUCUCUCUCCUCAUCUACUCAUUGUUUCUGCUCGACGCUUAUCGCUCCACUUUCUGGGAAAAACUGGAUGACUAUGUGUACUACAUUCGUGCUUUCGGCAACACGGUUGAAUUUUGCUUCGGCAUAUUCCUGUUCUUCAAUGGAGCUUGGAUAUUGAUUUUCGAGUCUGGUGGAGCCAUCAGGGCUGGAAUGAUGUGCAUCCACGCUUACUUCAACAUCUGGAGUGAAGCCCGAGCUGGAUGGAGCGUCUUCAUGAAGAGACGCACCGCAGUUAACAAAAUAGAAAGCCUACCAGAGGCUAGUGAAGCACAAUUAGACAGACUGGACGAUGUCUGCGCAAUCUGUUACCAAGAGAUGAAAACAGCCAAGAUAACAAGGUGUAACCACUACUUCCAUGGAGUAUGUCUCAGAAAGUGGCUCUACGUUCAGGAUCGCUGUCCCCUUUGCCAUGACAUACUGUACAAGGUGGAAACUGAAACAAAAGAGGAGGGAAGAGGGAGGGAGACAGGAGACCCUUUACUUAUUCCCCCACUCCCAGCAGACGGGGAUGAUAUUCAUAGGGGAUGAACGAGGUUGGUUAACAUCAAAUUGACUUCCUACUCCAAUGAAAUACUCCCCACAGGGUCAAGACAGUGAAGCACUACAAAAGACUUUGUAUCACAAGCUACUCUUUGUUUUAGUAAAUUAUAGCUAGCUCGACAUGUAAAUUACCCUGUACAUAUAUACAUAACAUUUAAGGUACUUAUUGACGGUUUAUAUAAUGUGUGUAAAUGUGUUUAAUAAAGUAGGUAAGAUUUAA